UUUGUACCAAUGAUGAUUGUGACUUUUGUCAUGCGAUUUUUGUUUUCUUCAGCUUCUUUAUCAAAUCAAGGUGAUUGAAAGGCAUUGAUUGAUUCAAGCAACCUGAAUCCCAUUUGAUUUUUGAUUAAGCAACAGGCUUUUAUAAUAAAAAAAUUAACUAUAUUCCCUGGGAAUCGGUUAAUAGUGAAAAUAAUGUAAAAAUUUAUAUUGAAUUGUCGUUAAUGAAAACAUAUUUAACCAAUAAUCGAAGCAACUCUUUGGGUUUAAGUCUAUUCGUACUCAUUAUGCGUAGGAAUAGCGUCUCUUAACCAUUUUCAUUGUUUUCAUGCUUUUGUUUUGUUUUCGUCGCUGUCUUGUAAACUAUGUCGUUACUUAUCAAGGUUAAUUAUUUGUUGAUUGCCUCGUCUCAGUUACAAUUAUUGAUAUUCUUAAUGAAAACUAAGCUAACCAUGUUAAUAUUUAAUCGGAAAUCUCGUGUUAAUUGGAUGGAUGUUUAUCGCUGAUGAACAAAAUUUGAAUAAUGGAGGAAGCAAUUGAGGCUCAACCGACUCAACGAGAUUUGGUCAAACGCUUUAAAUAUUUGAUUGGUUUACCUGAUGAAAUUGAUGCUGAUGAAUAUGCUGGUAAAGCGAUUACAAUUAUGGAAAAAUGUGCUCGUAGCUUACUCAUUACUCGACGAGGAUACCACCAGUCACGCCGUGAUUACCAGUUUGAAGACUAUACUUGGAAAAAUAGUUUAGGUCGUGCAAUACUCAUAUUUGUCGGUUUAAGGAUAACCAUAAUUGCUAUUGUGCCAGCUGAUAAUCAACUGGUCACCGUCUUCUUGGGCAAUCCAUUUCAUGGAAAAUCAUAUUCACAAGAAGUCGCCCUUUUGACUUUGUUAUUGCUCACAGUGUUGAGUAUACUACGUGAAGUAGCCAUUUACAUUGAAGACGCUGGUUAUAUCAUGGAUUUGCAGUUCCUAAGAAUCAUCCAAAUAUAUGGAUUUGACCAUAAGCUAUUGUUUCUUACACCUAAACAGUGCAAAGCUAUGAAGCCUGUAUUAAUUUUUCACGUUGUUAACUGGACUCGCAUGUUGAGGUUCAAUAAAUUUGCUAAUGGCGUCAUUAUGCUAAGCUUUCGUCUCUUUGAUCCGCUCUUCUACUCAAAUCCAGUUUAUUUUAUAACAAGUGUUUUCUGGAUCGUUAUGGAAACAUUUGCUGCUCGGAUGUCAUUCACGGCUCUACUCAAUGUUGGUGGCCAUACAAUUGUAAUGGUUCCCUGGUAUAUCUUUCGGUUGAGGAGUGUUCAUGAAAUGGUGGUUAAAGUCAACUCUAUGGACAGAAUAAGUGAAUCUCGCCUCAAGCAUCUAACCCGUUCUUUGUUAUUCUAUUUAAAUUGUUAUGAUAAAAUAAUGAAAGACUGUAGAUAUCUAUUCUUCUAUUGUAUAUUUUUCGUCUCCUUUUUGGCUGAUACAGUCAUCUUCAUGGCGAUUGUCUCAUCCUAUCCUUCACAUAUAAUUGGUACAUUUUAUUUCGCUGGUUUCUUUUGUAUCACUGCAAUUGGAUCUGUUAUCUACUUUGCCGGUGAAUUUGUUGACCGUCCAAAUAUUAUUCAUGGUCUUUUGACCAAGAUCAUUCACAAAUGUCAAGCCGGUUACGAGGAAAAAUUAAAUAUGCAUAAAGUAUUGGAUCGGAUCGCAAUUUAUGGAACCGGAAUCAGAAUCGGCGAUGUUAUUAAUAAAAUCGAAAGGGAUCUGUUUGUUUUCUAUAUUCUGGAAAAUGCCAGUACAGUAAUGCUACUCAUUUGUAAUAUAAGAACUGCUUAAUAAUUGUAAAUGGACUGAAAAAAUUGAAGCUAGUACAUAACUAACAACUUGCAAGUAGUCGCAUGGACAAUGUACAUGUUUUUAUACUUUUAAGUUAUUCAUCAACUUUUCAUAGCAAGGGUUUGUAUUAGCAAUUACAAACUGAGAAUCGUUGACAAUAAAGUUCACCUGCAAUACAGCAAAA